AGCCCUUGGGCCCCAGUUGGGCUUCGGGCCUCGGGGGCCGCCAUGGCAGGGAGGCCAUGCCUACAGCAGCCCCUCCCUUGGGCCGGCUUUCAGCCACCUCGGGCCCCAAAGCGGAGCAGCGCUUCUCCAGCCUCGCGCAGAAGGCCUGGCUGACUCGGAAGAUCUCGGUGCUGCUGCCCACGGCUGGCCUGGACCAGGAACUGCUCGUUGCUAAGCUCCAGCAGCAGCGCCACCACUACGUCUUGGAGGAUGUGCCGCUGGAGUCGCUGGGGGAGCCCUCCUUCGUCGCGGCUUUGGAGGAACGCCAGAUCGCAUGCCUCAGCCGCGGCGCGCGAGGCCUGGAUAGUGGGGACGUGCUGGCGCUCUGGCCCUCGCCCCCGCGCCUGGGGGCGGCGUUGUCCACUUGCAGCUUCCAACGGCUGGGCCUUGAGGAGCCUUUGCCAGGUGCCGGCAAGCUGGAGCAGAAGUUCCUGCCCUGCGGCCAGCGCCACGUCUUUGUGGACCUGCCCGUGUCCAAAACCAGGGCGAAGCGUGCAGCGAAGCUGGCCCAAGUUCCCCGCAGCCGCUGGCAGGAACUGGUGGAACCUCUGCAAGAGACGGCCUCAUUUAUGGCCUACUGCGGCAAGGAAGCUGAUGCGCCCUAUGACUUCGCCCCGCUGAAGUCUGCAACUUCCAGCAUCCAGUGCAUGGAGGUGCCCAUCCAGUGCCGCGGCAUCAGCCUUGGCGCAGAUGCACGGAGGCCUGGCUUUCAGCAGCUUGUGGAGCCCUGGCGCUGGAGUGACGCCAAGGGCGGCUUGGGCAACGCCUUUGGCCGCGCCUGCGAGGAUUUCCUGGACUGGGUGGGGGCUCUGCAUUUAGGCUUGCCCUACGAAGAAGCCGGCGAUCUUUGGGAGGCAACUGAAGACACGGCAAUCAGCGAGGAGGUGAUGCUCUGGACCAUGGGGGAGAGCUUAAUGGGCCCCAGGCAGAUUGCGCACGCCUUGCAAGUCUGCCAAAGCACGCUGGGGCCCGACGCCGCUGGCUGGUUCUUGCUGUCCGUUUGGGGCGCGGAGGAUGGGCCCAUCUCUCACCACGGGGGCGCGCAUAGUUUCGACCUCACGGGCGCCUGUCACGCGCACUUGCUCCAAGUCUCCGGCAAAAGCUUACUGCUGGAAGCGGCCAACGCCCUGCAUUCCAAUGCCUAAGCCGUUAGCGCAGCUUGUUGGGAAGGAGGUGGCGCAGGCGACGUUGACUUCCUGCGAGCCCGACGCCCUAGAGAAUCUGAGCGGCGCACCCUGCAGAGUCUAGUGAAGCCACUUCCCGGGGUGUUUGCUCGCCAAUGUCGCGCUGCGCACGCGGAGAACCAAACAGUGGAAGCGUGUCGGCCCAAGCGUGAGCUGUCGGAUGACAGUUGAUCUCGGC